AUGACUCACGGCCUCAUCAACGAGUAUAUAUCCAUCGACCUCAAUUCUCAACGGCCAACAUUAGAUGUAGUUUCAGACAUUAUCACAAUGACUCCAUCGACAGAAAAACAGACCAUCAAAACGUGGACAAACGGUCUAUAUACAAUCUCCACAGACCCCACCCUCAUCCCCCUCCAAACCCUCAACGACUGGUUCGCAUCCGACGACUUCUACUGGGCAAAGGGCCUCCCCCUCUCCGCCCUCGAACAAAGCCUCCAGAACUGCCUCUGCUUCGGCCUGUACCACACCCCCGACAAUUCAUUCAUCGGAAUCGCGCGCUGCAUCACAGACCACGUCACCUUCGCCUACAUCACCGACGUCUACGUCCACCCGAGCCAUCAGGGGAAGGGACUUGGUCGCUGGCUUGUCAAGUGUAUUGGGGAGGCGACGGAGGCGAUGCCACAUCUCAGGCGCAGUAUGUUGUUCACGAUGGAUUGGGAGCGCUCUGUGCCGUUUUAUGAAAAGGUGCUUGGGAUGGAGGUUGCAGAAUGCAAGCGGGGUCAAGGGAUGGCGAUGAUGAUGCGCAAGGGAAGGGGGUAUCCGCGGACUAUGGAUGCGGAGUGA